GUGUUAUGUGAAGUGUUCCCGGUUCCGGUUUACCUAAUUAAUGCAGCCUAAAGUGUUGUGAAUAUUGACCCUUAUCUUUAAUUUUUUUUUUCCCAUAUAUAUAUAUUUGUACUACAUAUCCCACAAUUCCAAGUAGACUACAAUACCCAUGCAAGUGCACUAAAUUACCCACACACUUCCUGGUCAAGGUCUAUAAGUAGACCUCACUUCCUUUCAUUGUUUCUCUUCCUUUGGUAAGGUGUGGGUGUUUGAAUGGACACCCAACCAUGUCCUUUGAGUCCUUUCCUUAAGAUGCGUUAAGUAAGUUUGUUUGCCAAUUUAUUGUUUGGAUCGAGUAUAUAUAUGUAUUUGUUGAUGAAUUGAGUUGAUUUCUUUUAUUCUACUGUUUGUAGUGACUUAAGACCAUCUUGUACAUCCAGUUCAUCCUGUCCAUCCCCAUGUUAUGGGAAUUGUCUAUGAAUAAUCAUCUUGAACUUAAAAUAAAAGAGAGCAAAGGACUCGUACCUCUCUGGUGUUUUAAUCAGACACACCAUCAAGUUUCUACACCUCCGAUGAACUUUGGAUAUAUUAACAUCUGAUAUCCUACAAAUGGUCCUUCGAGCCGGAGCGUAGAAAUUUGGUGGAAUGGAUUACCACUCAAGACCUGCAAUCCAGCGCAGCCUAAGAAGGAGAAGACCUCCUGCCCGUUUUGCUGACUGUAUGGUGAGAGAAUGUGCUCCCUUUCCUCCUUCCUCACCAACACUAGUUGUAAGUGAUCAUCACCAAACCCAGUAUGGAAAUCCAUCUUCAAGACCUUGCCCAUGUUUAUGUGCUCACCAACCGUCUCAACAUGAUUUAAUCGAUAUGGAUGUUAAACAAGAAAUACUUGGACUUAAGGGUAUGCUCGGUGAGAUGAUGUCUAAAAUGUCACAGUUAGUAGUUUCCUCUAAACGUUCUGAAUUUUCUGAGUCCUUUGAUGAUGCUUCUGAUGAUGAUAAUGCAUUUGCUACUACAUCUAUUGUUCAGGAAUUGUCUGCAUGUAUUAAGAAUGCUGAACAGAAACAUACAUGUGAGAAAUGUAAUUCCUCAACUGUUCUUUCACCACCUCCAUUGAGUAGGCCUAGUUCUCUACCUCUUCCUCCUUCCUCAUUGUUACGUAGUCCACCCCAACAUAUGCACACAGACGAUAGAACUUUACAAUUACAAUCAAGUAAUAUGUUACAACCUUCUAUUGUUCCAUUGAUUCCUAAGCCUCUUAACUGUCAUUCCCGUCAAGUGCAAACAUCGCCAGUGUUGGUACAACCAAUUGGUUCACCACAGCCAGGUAUAUCAUGUAGUCCCUUUUUCCCUUCGACGGCUCAUACUCAGUUAUCCUCACAAGUAACAUCAGCACAGUUACCUCCUCAGCCACUGUAUGCUGUUUCGCAGUAUUCACAGCCGUUAGGACCAUCUUCUAGUUUGGCAAUUCCUCAUGUAUCCUCAGCUAAUGUAAGUCCUCAUGUUCAACCACAGUCUGUAGGUCAGGAAGGGAAUUUGGUUGUACACAAUCCUUCUUCCUAUAGUCAACCAAUUGCUCCCACUACCCAGAUGAACACAAUUCCAUUCCUUCAUCCGUAUCCAUAUUCUCAGCCAUAUGUUUCAUAUCCUGUUUCUUCCUAUCCUUCUUCUCGUGUUCAGGGACCUUAUUUUCCUUUCUUAGUGAAUGACGACCCCCAAGAAUUUGCAAUGUUGCAGUUAGCCUUGACAAAUUUGUUGUCAUCCCAUGAACCAGAACAUUACAAAUUCCAUAUCUUGCUGGAUCAUUUAAAAUUUUCGCAAGCUCUUGAUCUAGCUUUAGCUUAUGCUAAUGAUCCUAGGCCUUACAGCAUGGCUCUUUUUGCACUACAGCAGAAAUAUGGGCAACCUCACCAACUAGUUUUGAGAGAAAUCAAAGCCAUCCUAGCUCUCCCCAGGGUGAGACCAGGUGACAGCAGAGCAUUUAGUAGUUUCGCACUGAAGGUUCGAGCCUUGGUUGGCAUGCUCCAAUCUUUGGGCCAAGGCCAAGUUAAAUCUGAAUUAUCCUGCGCUUCUCAUGUACAGCAACUACUCGGUAAACUGCCCACAGAGCAUGUGACCAACUUUGCCCGUUAUGCCCGUACAAUCCUAAAAGGUCAAAGCUACAAUCUUAUUACCUUUUCCGCCUGGCUCCAAGAAGAGGCUGAGUGUCAAGCAAUGGCAGAUCAGGUUAGUGACUUUCCGAAACCACUCUUGAGUAAACCUCAACCAAAGACCUAUGUUAACACACGAACAGUCUUGUACGGAGUCAACGGUAAUUCUGUUGAUCCGAGAUCCACAGCUAAGCAACCCCAGAAUAUGAGAAAGGGAGAAUGGAGUUCCAAGUAUUCAUGCGCAUAUUGUUCCAGUAGGGACCAUUUCAUUGGCCUGUGCACUUCUUUUAAAUCCUUAGAUGACAGCAGGAAGAAUGCAUGGCUUAGAGAGAACAAAAGAUGUUGGAGAUGUGGGCUUAAACACCUAGCCAUCAACUGUGACUUAAAAAAGCCUUGUCCACAGUGCAAAGGCAGACAUCUUGGUAUUCUUCAUGGAGUUACAAGCCUCACCAAAUGCAGUCAUGUCUUCUCUUCGAUGUAUCGAGCGUCGCGUUCAGAGAGAUCCCACAACUGCUGCUGUGUAUGACCAAGAAAUUGCGAAGUUGGAGAAAUUUGGGUAUGUUUCCAAAGUGGAACCAUCUCAUGACUCAAAGGAUUCAUGGUAUAUUCCUCAUCAUAUUGUGGAACAUAAUGGGAAAAAAAGAAUAUUUUUCAAUUGCUCCUAUCAAUAUAAAGGUGUUUCACUUAACAGUCAACUUCUUCCUGGUCCACAAUUGGGCCCUUCUUUACUUGGUGUCUUACUCCGGUUUCGUCAAUUCCCAGUGGCAAUUAGUGGGGACAUCAAAUCUAUGUUCCACCAAGUUAGGCUAUUAACAGAAGACCGUUCUCUUCUACGCUUCCUGUGGCGCAACAUGCAGAGGUCAAACCCACCUGACACCUACGAAUGGCAAGUUUUGCCCUUUGGCACAGUAUGUAGUCCAUGUUGUGCAAUAUAUGCUUUACAAAGGCAUGUCCAUGAUCAUCAAGAAGGAAAUGAAGAUAUAGUGAAUUCUGUACUUCAGUCAUUCUACGUGGACAACUGUUUAGAGAGUUUUACAAACGUGCAAACUGCAAAAAACUUCCUAAACCGAAUGUGUUCUCUACUGAGGAGUGGAGGAUUUGAAAUCAGACAGUGGGCAGGUAACCAGCUGAUGUUGUCAGACACCUUCCUCCUGAAGCCAGGUCUGAAAGUGCUGAACUGUGGAUCACUCAAGAUCGUUUGGAUCCUAAAGAAGGAGCUCUGAGUUGGCACUGUCCCUCUGAUUCAUUGGGGUAUCGAUCCCGAGCAGUGGACUAUAAAGCAACAACCCUACGCAAUAUAUAUAAAGUCCUCGCUAGUCAGUAUGAUCCCUUGGGUUACAUCUCCCCCUUUACAACACGAGCUAAAGUCAUCAUACAACAAUGCUGGAUGAAGUCCAGGGGCUGGGAUGAUCCCCUUCUGCCAGAUCCUAUUCAACAGGCCUGGAAGGCUUGGGAAAAUGAGCUCCAUGAUCUGUCAUUGAUACAGCUUCCUAGAUGUUAUUCAACCUUGCCUUCCAAUCAAAUUGCAUCCAGAGAGUUGCAUAUAUUUUGUGACGCCUCAGAGAGUGCAUAUGGGUCUGUAGCCUAUUUGCGAAUGGAAAGUGACAAGGGUGUGGUACAUACUUCCUUCAUCAUGGCAAGAUCUCGAGUGGCCCCUAAAAGGCAAAUAUCCAUCCCUCGUCUGGAACUUUGCGCCGCUCUAACAGGUGCACAGCUUUGUAAACUCCUGCAGAAUGAAUUGACUCAUCCUUUGACAAAUAUUGUCCUAUGGUCAGAUUCAACAACCAUCUUGUCUUGGCUGCAUUCCCUCUCCUGCCGUUACAAAGCUUUUGUAGCUAAUAGAGUCACUGAAAUUCUGGAACUUACUGAUCCCUCUUCUUGGAGGUAUAUUCCUUCUGUACAGAAUCCAGCAGAUGACAUUACUAGAGGUAAAACUCUAGUUGAUUUAGCCAAACCUGCUCAUAGAUGGCGACAAGGCCCAACGUUUCUGAAAUUUCCUCCACAUGAAUGGCCCAAAAAUCUAAUGCCCAGACCUGCUAGUCCUGAUCCUGAGCUCCGCAAGCCACUCUUUUGUGGCUUAACACAAGUGGAUGAUUGCAUACUCCCAGAUCCUUCCAGUUUCAAAUCAUGGUCAGAGUUACAGUCCGCAACAAAAGAGUUACUGCAAAAACAUAGGGAGGACCCCUGUGAUGCCUCUUCAGUCCAAAUCCUUCUUUUGAGACAAGCCCAGCAACAAAGUUUUCCCUCUGAGUAUCAGUGUUUGAAAGAAGAAAAGCCCAUUGAACCUCAAAGCUGUCUCAUUACACUUUCUCCUGAAUUCAAUGAAGAAACGGGACUUAUUGUAGUGGGAGGUAAGCUCAGACGUGUAGAGGAUAUCGAACCUGGAAUGGUUCAUCCAAUUGUACUCGACCCCAAACAUCCAUUAUCCCAUUUAAUUAUCAAGGACUGUGAUGAGAAACUUUUCCAUCCUGGUCCAGAGAGAGUUUUCUCAUAACUCCGCCGCAAUUACUGGAUAAUCAGAGGGAGACAAGCUGUAAAAAAACAUCAGUGGUCUUGUUUGCAAUGUAGGAAGUGGAGAGCUAAGCCAUCUAUUCCUCAAAUGUCAGAUCUGCCCAGCUCCAAGCUCCGGUUGUUUAAACCUCCCUUUUGGUCCACCGGAAUGGACUGUUUUGGUCCUUUUCAUGUCAAUAUUGGCCGUAGAAUGGAGAAGAGAUGGGGCAUUCUUUUUAAAUGCCAGACCACUCGAUGUCUGCAUCUUGAUUUGUUGAGCAGUUUAAAUGUGGACAGCUUUCUAAUGGCCCUACGCCGCUUCAUAUCUAGGAGAGGAAGGCCUUAUGAGAUUCUUUGUGAUCAAGGAAGUAAUUUUCGUGGAGCUGCAAGAGAAUUAAAGGAAGCUUUUCAAAACCUUACAACUGAGCUGCAAGUCAAGUUGGAAAGUCAGCAGAUUAAAUUCAAGUUUAAUCCACCACAAGCUCCUCAUUUUGGGGGGUCAUGGGAAAGAGAGGUCCGUUCAGUUAAAACAGCUCUGCGGGUGGUACUUGGCAGUCAAACAGUAUCAGAGGAAGUCCUACGAACAGUUUUGACCGAAGUUGAAGGAGUGUUAAAUUCGAAGCCACUUGGUUACGCCUCUUCAAAUAUUUCAGAUCUUGACCCCAUCACUCCAAAUCUUCUCCUCAUGGGGCGGCGAGACUCUUCUCUACCUCAGGUGAUUUAUGCCAACACGAAGCUCUUUGGCCGAAGAUCUUGGCGCCAUAGCCAGGUCCUCGUGGACCAGUUCUGGACAUCCUUUAUUCGAUAUUAUCUACCAGGUCUGCAGCUUCGUCAAAAAUGGAACCGAGAACAACCUAAUCUAAAUGACUCUGCUGUCGUGUUAGUUAUUGAUUCUCAACUCCCAAGAGCAUCAUGGCCCAUUGGUAGGGUAGUACGUCUCCUACCUAGUCAGGAUGGGCGGGUUAGAGUAGCGGAGAUCGUUAUUAAUGGAAAGACACAUGUACGUCCAGUUGCUAAGUUGAUUCCAUUACCUAAAAUAGAUGAGUGAUAGCAAAUACAUGACUGUAUUUGAGGGCGGCUGUUGUGAAUAUUGACCCUUAUCUUUAAUUUUUUUUUUUCAUAUAUAUAUAUAUAUUUGUACUACAUAUCCCACAAUUCCAAGUAGACUUCAAUACCCAUGCAAGUGCACUACAUUACCCAUACACUUCCUGGUCAAGGUCUAUAAGUAGACCUCACUUCCUUUCAUUGUUUCUCUUCCUUUGGUAAGGUGUGGGUGUUUGAAUGGACACCCAACCAUGUCCUUUGAGUCCUUUCCUUAAGAUGCGUUAAUGACUUAAGACCAUCUUGUACAUCCUGUACAUCUUGUACAUGUUGCCCAUCCAGUUCAUCCUGUCCAUCCCCAUGUUAUUGGAAUUGUCUAUGAAUAAUCAUCUUGAACUUAAAAUAAAAGAGAGCAAAGGACUGGUAUCUCUCCGGUGUUUUAAUCAGACACACCAUCAAGUUUCUACACCUCUGAUGAACUUUGGAUAUAUUAACAUCUGAUAUCCUACAUAAAGACCUUUAAUGGAUUUGGAUAU